AUGGGCAACGCUGAAAGUGGAUCCGUCUUCCUGUACUCCAGAAGAGGCGCGUCUUCUCUACAACCUCAAUCCAUCUGCGGUGCUUAUCAAGGGAUACUCCUCCUCACAAAUUCUACCGUUCGAGAGUUCUACGGUCCUGAAUUUACCUACGGCAGCCAAUUCUGGAAAUCUUUGAAUAUGAAAGCGAAACAUGUAUACUGCCUGUACCUCACCACACUUGAGGAGGUGAAGCCGAUUUUUGCGAGCUUCCAAAUGACGGGAAUGAGUUGUGGUCGGCUGUUCGACCCGCUGGUCCCGGCGGAGAGUAUCAAAUGUCUAUCCGACCAUUUGUUCUGUUCAAUGGAGAAGCUGCAUAUUGGUCGACACCUCGGAAAAGUCGAAUGGCUAAACACUCUUCGGGCAAAAGAUUUGAAGUUUGGACGCGCCGAAACCGAUCAGCAGCCCGUAUUCGACUUUCUGGCGCGAAAAAUUCGGAGAUGGUUGGACGGCACGGAUGAGAUCGAGAAAAUCCAGUUCUGCGACGACACCGAUCUGCCGGCUGCUAGCUUUCAAUUCGAGACAUUCAUCAAGACGAUUCCUUUUCUGGUGCCCUCGAAUCUCGGAUGGGUAGAUCGAACCUACGAGGGAAUGUAUCUCAUUCUCAGGGCCACUGAUGGACAAGCGCUGUUGGCCCACUACGAUGCCGUUGGUCGCUCUUUCUACCUUCUACGCUGCGAAUAUAAUUUCAGACGUCGUCGAUGCCUGGGUAGCUAUCAACGAAACGUCAAUUCCCUGCGCGCCAUCCGCAAUUUGAUGAGAAUCUCGUCUCGUUUGUCGCAAAAAGACCCGAAAUUGGCUGGUAAUGCCAAGGAGAAGCUGAGAGAGGAAUGCAGCAAGUUCAACAAGUACAACAACGGCGCUACGGAGAUGGACUUAUUGACGGAUGCGAUCUGGCGUCCGAAAGGCGAGCGUCGUUCGAUCUGGGGGAUGAUGAAGAAUGGGAGAUUUGUUGAUGAUCAAGAUCUCUUAUAUCCGGUA